AUGUUUGACAUGCUGUAUGACUGGUUCUGGUGGGACAGAAUCUGGCUGCCUGUGAACCUGACAUGGGCUGAUCUGGAGGACAGGGAGGGCCGGGUCUAUGCCAAAGCCUCGCAUCUCUAUGUCACUGUCCCCUAUGCCUUUGCCUUAUUACUCAUCAGAUACCUGUUUGAAAGAUGGAUAGCAACGCCACUCGCAAUCUCAGCUGGGAUCAAGCAGAGAGUCCAUCUGAAAGCAGUGGACAACCCCAUCCUGGAACUCUACUACGCUACUCAGUGUAGAAAUCCUGCUCAGGUACACAUUGUUGGGCUAUCUAAGAAAAGCAGUUUGUCAGUAAGACAAGUUGAGCGCUGGUUCAGAAGAAGACGCAGUCGGGACCAUCCUGGAGUCCUGAAAAAGUUCAGAGAAGCCAGUUGGAGGUUUCUCUUCUACCUGUUGGCGUUCAUCGGAGGAAUAGUGGCAUUGUACGAUAAAGAAUGGCUUUAUGACACUUCCGAAGUAUGGACAGGUUUUCCAAAGCAGUCCAUGCUGGAGUCUCAGUACUGGUAUUAUAUCUUGGAGAUGAGCUUCUAUGGCUCUCUGCUUUUCAGCAUUGCCUCUGAUGUCAAGAGAAAGGACUUUAAGGAGCAAAUCAUCCACCACUUGGCCACGCUGGUCCUCCUAUCAUUUUCCUGGUGUGUGAACUACAUUCGUAUAGGAACGCUGGUCAUGCUCGUCCAUGAUGCCUCCGAUGUUUUGCUGGAGGCUUACAUUGGAACAACAACAUGGUGUUAAGCAGCCGUCUUGAUACUACGACAGUGCCGCCUAGCGGUAUAAAGUGGCGGGUGCAUAUAACUGAUGAACACAGCAGUGGUGGUGGAGGCAACUUCUCCUGUCCUCUCUUUUUGGAAA